UAGGAAAAAUAUUUGUAUUCUCAUGGAAGCCAAUUGUGGUCAGUGGUCACCGAAAUCAGUUGCGGUCUUAUGAAAGUGUAAUUUUUUUAACCUAACUAAUUUGGCCACUAUGAAUAAAUAAAAAAUAAUAGAUAACUAAUAAAAAAUAUGUUUCUAUUGACUGCAAAAUGGGAAAAGUGGGUGUUUUUUUCUUUUUCUAAGAACGCGAACAAAGUCCGAAUGCAGCAAAUAGGUAAUAAACCGGCAGAAAAAAUACAUAAUCAAAUAAGUGGUAUUAUUAUGUGAUUAAACUUGCUUUUAAUUGCGGUAAAAUCAUUUAACUUGGCAAGAAAUAUUAGUUGGAGGUGCGUAAUUUGAGCCGUGAGGAGGAACGCGACUUUAGGAGGUAGUAUUUCUCCGAUGAUGAAGAUUCCUGCUUUUUUCGCGGGUUAUAUCAAAGAGAAAUUUCGCGAUCAACAUGGACACCCGAAAACCAAAGUGCUGCGAGAAUCGUUCGAACCGCCCACGUUUGUCACGGCCGCCAUGACGCAAAUUAGUUUUUAUAUAUUGAUGUUUCUCGGAUUCCUCAGUCAGCUUUUGUUUCCCCCAAAGUUGGUGAAGGAGACGGGUAGAGCUGGAUAUCCGCCCCUAUAUGAUAGAUUUUCGGCUUUUUACUCAAGGUACGUCUACAGGCGAAUACGAGAUUGUUGGAAUUAUCCAAUAUGUAGCGUGCCUGGCAGCGAAGUAGUGUUGAAGGAUAGAGUUUCGAAAGACAACGGUUGGACAUUUGAAUUUACCGGUACCAAAACGAAAUGCCUUAACUUAGCUUCCUACAACUAUUUGGGCUUCGCCGAAGCCUCUGGUCCUUGCGCUGAAGCGGCUAUAAAAUCCAUUUACGAAUAUGGAAUUAGUACAGGGAGCACGAGGCAACAAUAUGGAACUUGUGCUUUGCACGAUGAGUUGGAGUCACUAAUGGCAGAAUUUGUUGGUGCUGAAGAUGCAAUAACCUUUGGAAUGGGCUAUGCAACAAAUUCAUUAAAUAUCCCCACUCUGUUAGAACCAGGUUGUUUGGUUAUCAGCGACGAAAAAAAUCAUGCUAGUUUGAUUUGGGGUAUUAAACUUCAGAGUGUAGUUGUAAAGGUGUUUAAACAUAAUGAUGUAUCUCAUUUGGAAGAUCUGCUUAAAGAAGCAAUAUAUUAUGGGCAGCCUGAUCAGCCGACGGGUGUAUACAAACCAUGGAAAAAAAUUCUUAUAGUUGUCGAAGGUGUUUAUAGUAUGGAAGGUACAAUUGCCCGUCUUCCUGAAAUCAUAGCACUGAAAAAAAAGUACAAAGCUUACCUUUACUUGGAUGAAGCCCACAGUAUUGGUGCUAUGGGAAAACACGGUAAAGGAGUUGUGGACUAUUUUAACUGUGAUCCUAAAGAUAUAGAUGUUCUUAUGGGUACAUUUACAAAAAGUUUUGGGAGUGCUGGGGGAUAUAUUGCUGGCUCUAAGGAAUUAAUUACAUAUCUGCGUGAAGAGAGCUAUGCUUCUCAACAUGCUUGGGCCAUGUCGCCUCCUUUGGCCGCCCAGAUCAUAUCAGUUUUAAAAAUAUUAAUGGGCAAAGACGGAACCAAUGAGGGACAAAAAAGAAUAGAAACGUUGGCGAGGAACACUAGGUACUUCAGGAUGAGGCUAGAACAAAUUGGAGUAAUCAUUCAUGGGAAUGAAGAUUCGCCCGUUGUUCCUUUGUUGGUGUAUCUCUACUCAAAAAUUGCGAUUAUGGUACGAACUCUCAUAAAAGAAAAAAUAGCAACAGUUGGUGUAGGGUAUCCAGCUACUCCGCUAUUCGAAGGUCGAAUCAGGAUCUGUUUGUCGGCCGGUCACACCAAAGAGCAAUUAGAUUACGCCUUAGAUGUCAUUGAUAGAGUGGCAGAUGAAUGUGGUCUGAAAUAUUCAAGAAAACCUCGCGAUCUAACACCAAUAGACUAUGAUAAAAUCAAGGUUUAUUCUCAUAUAUGAUAAUAGAGGAGUUUAUCUCUAUUUUUUUCAGAGUUUUCAGCUCAGUAUUUUAUUUCUCAGUAUGUAUUUAUUAUUUUCGUCUUAGUAAUCUUAUUAAUUAAUUUUUAAGUGAAAUGCGGGAAUUAGCAGAGUUUUAUUUUUAUGAUAAAAAUUUGUUUUAACUUAUGGGGACUAAAAAAUCUCAGGUUUUUAUUACCUGCAAGAAAUGAAAUAUAUAAUUAAUUUGAUAUUAAAAGUGAGGAAUAUUAAUUUUAAAGGGCUAUUAAAACUAUUAUUGCAGUUUAUUUUUAAAUCGCUACAAAACAAAUAAUAAGCAAUUUUGUUGUUGAUAACCAAUCAAAGUUUUGUUUGUGAUCUGAGUUUUUGAUUUUUCCCCUACCAAUGGGCUUGUUCAAUCGUGCACAACUUUUGCAAAUAAUCACUAAACAGGAUGGCUUUGUUGUUGUUUCUCUUUGAGAAAUUACCAUUUUGCUUCCCACAUUCGGUAGUUUAUGAAGUAGAGCCCGGAAUACAUUAAUUAAAAUCUUGUCAGACAACAAAUGUAUAGUCUAGCACAGUUGUCAUAGUUCUACAUAACCAUAAAAUAAAAUCCUGCGCUGAGUAGAGGCAUCAUAAUUUUUCGUCGCUGUGAUUGAUGUUGAACGGCUGACCUAAAUCAUCUUCCUGCAUCCUUCAGCAGAUAUUGAUAUUACAGUUGUGCACAUCUGAACACUCCCAUUGAUUUAGUUUUAACAAUGUCUAAAACAAAAUUUGGAUGGGGAUCUGUCACAAUAGACUCAGAAGUAACAACCACGUUGAAGUUAAUGCUCAUACUAUUAUAAAAAGUAGCAGUAAUAAAGAGAUCCAAUUCGCAGCAUUUUUCAAAAACCAAACAUGUUAUAACCUGGGGGGGGUCUACAAUCAAAAUUGUCCUUUUAUUUGUUGUCAACUAGGCUAGAUUGUUGAAGCAUAACAAAUGGUUCAGUUUAAUUUGAAAUGUUGAGCAUUUUGUUUAUUUUAGCUAUUAGUAAAAUUUUAUAAGCGCACCUCACAGAGCCCUGCUUUUAGCAGUCUCCUCACACAAACUAUAUAAUUAUUUAGUGUUAGUUUUGUGGCGUUAUUACAAAUUAUAUUAAUUGUUUAUUGCAAAGUUUGGUAGGUGCGCUUACAUAGAAAAAAAUUCUAACACUGUUCAAUGAAAACAACCGACAAAAAUCUGGCUUGCUCUGCACUAAAAAUACUUGUUUUGUAGGGGCAGGCAAGAGUUCGAUUUUAGUUAAAUAAAAACAUCGUUUUCGAUUCUUUAUUACACUUUCUACAGUCAAAGUGGUUUUUGCAUGAUUUUUGUAUCAAAUAGGCUGAAUAGUAGGCUUUUCAAAAUACCUAAAGUUUAUAGACCUAUUAAAAACAAUCAUGGACCAUGCUGUUAUAGAUCAGUACACUAAAGCCUAAUUUUCUAUAAAGUUCAUGAUAUUCGUAAUAUUCAUGUAAUUAAAGAAAAUACAAGACUCCUCGGUCAUAUUUGAAAUAAAGAGAAAGUUUUACAA